AAAUAAAUAUUAUUAUUAUUAAAUAAAUAUACACAAUACCACAUCAACUCCGCGGUACAAGCUGUGAUAUCCGUUUAUAGUAUAAUCAAGUCAUAGUUGCGCAGGCUACGGACGCAGAGACACUUUUCAUUGUGAUAAAUUCCAAAUUUGUCAUAAACCAUGGUUCUAACUCUUUACAAAAUGGAUGCUAGUCCUCCUGUUCGCGCCGUGUACAUGGUCAUCGAAUACCUCAAUAUUCCUGAUGUCAGCUACGUGGAAAUAAAUCUUUUGGCCGAUGAGCAUCUUAAAGACAACUUUUUGAAGCUCAACCCUCAGCACACAAUACCGCAUUUAACUGAUGGAAAUUUUAAUCUUUGGGACAGCCACGCGAUAAUAACGUAUUUGGUAAACAAAUAUGCCAAGAAUAGUCCUCUAUACCCGAGUGACCCGGAGAAGAGAGCUCUUAUUGACUUAAAACUGCACUUUGAUAGCGCCAUCCUGUAUCCGGCGCUGAGGGAGAACGAUGAGCGCAUAUUUUUCGGAACUGAUACGUCCUUGAGGCCAGAAGGAGUAGCUAAAAUCAAGACAGCUUACGAUUUUACGGAGAAAUUCCUGACUGGCGUACAGUGGAUGGCUGGGGACCAGCUUACGUUGGCUGAUAUAAGUUGCGUUGCAUCAGUCAGCACAUUGAAUGAGCUGUUGCCUAUUGAUAAAAAAGUGUACCCUAAUAUUACUCUCUGGCUAAUGCGCUGUUCCCAGUUUGAUUUCUACAAAAAAGGAAACUUGCCGGGUCUUUUACAAUUCCGAUGCCUUUUAAAGGAAUUUCUCUCUCGUUAACCGUCAAAUUAUUAUUAUUAUGAGUGUUUUUAAUUGUUUUUGUAGUGAUCCUACCAAUUCAUGUAAAUGAAAAAUAUAUACGAUUUUAAACUUGGUACUUAUGUUAUUUCUUCUACUGUAUACAAGUUCAAUAUUAAAUUAAUCAUUUAGUACCUAUAUGAGUCGUUUCACUUAAACAGUUCCUCAAAACAUAUACGCUAAAAAAAUGCGCUAACAAAUAAAUUUAUGUUCGCGUCUUUUUUAUCUCUGCAAUUACUUACCUACUAUAUAACCGGAAAAAGAUUAAUAGUAUGUUGAAAUUAAUUUAAAAAAGAGGAACACCAAUCUUUAAAAAUGUAAUCGUGAACAAUAUUGUAAAACGUUAAAUUUAUGAAAGCGCCUAGUGAUUUUAUUGUUGCAAAUUCCUUUUCAAACCAAACGUAUUUUGAUUAUAGAAGGCGUUUUCUUUGACUGGCUCUUUAUUCACGCUGAAUGCCUCGUCUAAAUAUAGAUAUUUUCUCCUGGGUUUAGAAGUUAAUUUGAAGGCUAUUUUGGGCGGAGACAAUAAUAAUUCAACCAAUAAAAUGUCAUGAAUAUGAAUCAGGUUCUCCUAGGCACACAACGCACCCGCGGGUAACCAAAUCAACUCGGAUACUCGGAUAGCCAAUAAGUCAUUGCACGAUGACGAUUCCACUUAUGGUCUUAAUUUUUUUAAUAUUUCUUUUAGGCUCCAAUAUUUAUUCCCAGUAAGUUGAACAGGUCUUUCUUUUUCUUAGUAGUUGAUUUUACAGUUAAAACUUAAUAUUUUCCGAGGUAAU